AUGGCUGGGAGAGUAGCCAUGAUCACUGGCGCUGCCGGGGGGAUCGGCAAGGCGGCGGCGCAUAAACUUGCUAGUCGGGGUGUGUCGGUUGUCAUCGUGGACAUGAAUGAGAAAGAAGGAGUCAAAGUGGCCGACGAGGUGGCGAAGAAGUGGAAUGUCCGGGCCAAGUUUCUCAAAGUCGAUAUCACCCAGGAAUCAGAGGUGAAAGAUGCCAUCAAGUCAACCUUGGAGUGGACGGGUCGUCUCGAUUAUGCUGCCAAUUGUGCCGGGAUAUGCGAGUCGAUUUGGGCCGAGGAAGAGAGCAUCACGACAGAGCUGUUUGAGAGAACACAUGCCAUCAACACUCGAGGCCUCUGGCUAAGCCAAAAGUACCAGGCCUUGCAGAUGAAGACACAAGAGCCGCGACCGGUCUCCUUUUCUCCGAACUGUGCCCAUCCGAUCCCUGGACAACGAGGUGUAAUCGCCAACGUCGUUUCUAUCUCAGGUCUUCAGGCGGCAGGACUGGCAGCGUAUACGCCCUCCAAGUAUGCCGCCGUUGGGAUCACCAAGAAUGGAGCCAAGUUUUACGGCCCAGAAGGCAUUCGUGUCAACGCUCUGUGUCCUGGAUGGACAUUGACCUCUAUGGUCGAACACAGCAUGGGCAAAGAAGGGACUAUUGGUACUCAGGAGAACAAAGACUCUGCAGUGAGCAAGCAGAUUGCCUUGAGGAGGAUGGCCUUUGCAGAGGAACAGGCGAACGUGUUAGGUUUUCUGCUGAGUGAUGAGAGCUCUUAUAUGAACGGAAGUCUGAUCGUCAAUGAUGGCGGCUUCCAUGAUAUUCGAUAG